AUGCCCAAACGAAAGCGCUCCGUCGCAGAAACCGUACAGAAUAAAUUAGAAAAAUAUCGAAUUGAUAUAUUUCGAGCUCUAAGCUCUGCAAAAGUCUAUGAGCGAAAGCGCUUCAGCACCAAGCUGCGCGAGCCUGGAAUCACAGUCGCGAAGAAGACCAGGUUAGAGCGCGAGUAUGGAGUAUUAAAAUCUCUCGAUCUGCGGCAAACUGCCCGCCAUCACCUGCACUCGAAUCUUCUCCGAAUCAAGGCCGUAGAAACGUCGAAUGACAUCCCAGAGGAGCUCCGCGCUGAAGUUCCGCGACCAACCCUUUCUCCGGAAGAAAUUGCAUUGCAGAAUAAUGUUAUAAGCAUUCUAUGCAGUGCAAGCUCAACCAGACAUGCGCUCGACCGUGCGAUUACAGACAUCUGCGAAACAAUAGGCGUGCCUGUUCCAACCAAGUCGAAGCGUGUGAGAAACAAGAGAAAAGACACAGAAGAGCAACCUGCAGAUAGGGAAGACGAGGACAACGAUGAACAAGAAGACGACGUGAAGCCUUCAGCCGACUCUAAGAAGAAGAAGGAGAAGAAGGAGAAGAAGCAAGAGACUGCGGAAGAAGACCCUGACAGCGAAUCUGAGUUCGAGGGCUUUAGCUCUGAUGCAGACGAGCCUAGACCAACGAUUGAGGAAUUGGAAGGAUCUGAUCAAGAAACUGCGGUGACAAAAUACGAUGAUCUGCUAGGUGGCUCUUCUGACGAUAGCGAGGACGAAUUUGACGAGGAGUUGUUGGCAAAGUACCGCGGGACGGAACAGGUCAAUCUGGACGAUAUAUCAGUAUCCGGUUCAGGGUCCGAAGCUGAAGAUGAAGACGAGCAAGACCUAGAAUCCAUAACCGGCUCGCGGUCGCCCUCACCGUUACCAACGAGGAAGCCAAAGAAGUCAACCGGCGACGACGGCGACAACGACGAUGAGAAGCCGAAGCCCGAGACCACGAAAAGUAAGAAGGAGAAGAAGGAAGAGGAGAAGAAGAAGCGGGCUGCCAAGGCGGCAUUGAAAGCAGCCCGGCCAGGCGAUUCCACUUUCCUUCCUACACUCAUGGGUGGCUAUAUCUCCGGAUCUGAGUCCGCAUCCGACAUUGAUGCCCCGCCUAAGAAACGCCGUGGACAGCGCGCACGCCAAGCCAUCUGGGAGAAAAAAUACGGAGCAAAGGCGAAGCACCUUCAGAAGCAAGCCGCAAAGGGCGGCAGAGAUGCCGGCUGGGACAUGAAGCGCGGUGCUGUAGGACCAGAGGACCAAGGCCGAAAGCCGUGGAAAAAGGGAGGCCGCGUGCCUGCAGGGGCCGGUGGUAGAGGAGGCUAUUCACAAGGCCGAGGAGGAGCAAAUGCUCACCAGGAAAGCAGACCAGCCCCUCCGCCCAAGCCAGUGAAGAAGGAUAAUGAGGGGCCGUUACAUCCCAGUUGGGAGGCCCGAAAGAAAGCAAAGGAGCAGCAGAAGGGUGCUGCAUUUGCUGGCUCGAAGAUUGUUUUUGAUUAG